ACAGCGCCACCAGCUGCACGGCCGCCGCCUGGCCUCCUCCCUGGGCUCGUCUUCAUGUAGUGUGUAAGAUGGCGGACUUCCUGCCGUCCCGUUCAAUGUUGUCCGUCUGCUUCCCCAAUUGCGUGCUAAACAACCGGGAAGCCGACCAACAGCGCAAAUCUAAGGAAAUCGACAGAUGUAUCAACCGGGACAAAACGUAUUUAAAGCGACUGGUGAAAAUCCUGCUUCUUGGGGCCGGCGAAAGCGGCAAGUCUACUUUUCUGAAGCAAAUGCGCAUCAUACACGGCCAGGAUUUCGACCUGAGGGCCAAGGAGGAGUUCCGGGCCACUAUCUAUAGUAAUGUUAUUAAAGGAAUUAGAGUUCUUGUGGAUGCUCGAGAGAAGCUUCACAUUCCAUGGGGUAAUCCUUCAAAUCAGAAGCAUGGGGAAGUGAUGAUGGCAUUUGACACGCGGUCUGCUAUGGUAGCCCAUGGGAUGGUGGAGACUAGAGUAUUUGUAGAACACCUGGCGUCAAUAAAGGCAUUAUGGGCAGACAGUGGGAUACAGAAUGCUUAUGACCGGCGCAGAGAAUUUCAGUUGGGGGAAUCUGUAAAAUAUUUCCUUGACAAUUUGGAUAAGCUUGGUGAAAAGGACUACCUCCCAUCUCAGCAAGAUAUUCUGCUGGCUAGACGACCUACCAAAGGAAUACAUGAGUACGACUUCGAAAUUAAAAAUGUUCCAUUCAAGAUGGUGGAUGUUGGAGGUCAGCGAUCAGAACGCAAACGCUGGUUUGAAUGCUUCGACAGUGUUACAUCUAUUCUCUUCUUGGUGUCAUCAAGUGAAUAUGAUCAAGUGCUGAUGGAAGACCGUCAAACCAACAGAUUAACAGAGUCCCUAAACAUUUUUGAAACAAUAGUCAACAACCGUGUGUUCAGCAACGUCUCAAUUAUCUUGUUUCUAAACAAGACAGACUUGCUUGAAGAAAAGGUGAAAAUAGUGAGUAUAAAAGACUACUUCCCUCAGUUUGAUGGAGACCCACACUGUCUCUCUGAUGUCCAAAAAUUCCUAGUGGAAUGUUUUCGUAAUAAGCGAAGGGAUCAGCAGCAGAAGCCUUUGUACCACCACUUCACCACUGCCAUUAACACGGAGAAUAUUCGCCUUGUUUUCCGUGAUGUGAAAGAUACCAUUCUCCAUGACAACCUCAAGCAACUAAUGCUGCAGUGAUAGCUGGACUUUUUUAUUGUUUUUAUCUGUUUUUAUUGAUACUUCUGAAGUUUACAACAGGAGAAACAAAUUUUAUAGGUUUUUAUGCCCUUUUUGGGAUAUCUUACCACCAGCUUCUGUUGACCUUAUGGUUUUAAUGUUCCUGUUUUGCAUAACGUUGCCAUAUUUUACAGCAAACAAAAAAAAAACUUUACUCCUGACCUGUAAAAAAAAUAAACAGUUGGCGGCCAUGUUAUCUUGAGAUGUCAAUGGCUAGACAAUGUGGUACCCAUAGUAGAGCAAAGAAGUGGUGCUCCUCUCUGGGAAGAAAGUGGCUGCUGCAGUUUUGCAUGCUAUAGGAAAGUGUGGUGCAUAGUCAUUUCUCACCUUGUUAAAUUGUUGGAUCGUUCCCUUUUCAACUGUACAAGGCAAAGGAGCACAAGUGAUUUUAAAAUUUAGUUUUUUAAGGACUUUGAGCUAUAUUUUAGUUUUUAACAUAAGGGAUAUGAUGGUAGGAGUAACCUUGUGCUAGAUAAUCAACCCUUAAAUUAACAUACAAGGUAAUGUGGGGGAGGUGCAAAUUACUUUUCCAAUUUUUUUUUUUCCUUCUGAUACGCACUUUUUUUAUUUGAACUAAUGCUAGAAGAUAUUUGAUUUUGUCCCCUGCAACAAAACAAUAUUUACAUAUUUUUUUUAAGACAUUAUGGAAGUCAUAGAGGUUAAAAGCUGUAUUCCCCAUCACCACCACACACGCUAUGCUAGAUACAAUAGUAAUAUAGUUCUUGUAAAUCCUGUUUUUUUUUUUUUUAUAAAAAUACGCAUUCCCAUACCAAACAAUUACUCUUGGUCUCUUGUGAUCUUAUACACAGAUUUAGAAGUGCCUUAAGUCCUUCAUCUAAACCAACACUGUUAAAUAAUCGUGAACACUAUUUCACUGAAAGCCUUUUAAUUCUGUUAGCGUACUUAAUGACUGUUCUCCUGCUCAACUCUUAGCUGGAUUAUAGCAUACCAGAUUUUAGCAUUUUCCCUCCUUGGUUACGGAUGGGUUUUAUCAUGAAUGUACCUGUGAAAGAAAUCUAACCAAUUGGGUGUUAACAAUAUUAGGAACUGGAGUUAUUUUAUUACAUGCAACUUCUGAAGCAGAGAAUUUGUGAAUGUGGUUAUUUUAUGCCACUGUUUACUAGUAAUUAAAAAGAUGUAUAUUGUACUCUAGACAGUGAAUUAUUUUUGUUUAAACCAUUCUCUAGCUAAUAAAACUUCAAUUUCUCAAAAACUUUUUUUAAGAUGCUUGGGUGAGGAGUAAAUAAAAUGGACUUAUAUUUGAGUAAUUAAAAAUGUUGUGAAUUUUAACUUUGCAAGUGUACUGGAGGGAUUUUUGUAAGUUAAGAAAUUAUACUUUUUGGGGUGGGGGGAAUGAUGGUCUUGCACAAUAAGGUUUUUUUCUACCUUCCACUAUAUAUAGAAUAUAUUUAUAUAGAAAUCUCACAUCACAGAUUUUGCUUCUCAUGGUUUUUUUGUUUGUUUUUUUAUGUGUUGAAUAUAAGGGUUUGUCUAUUAGUGCCAAAAUGAAUCACUGAAGGAAGCCUAUAUUAACAGAUGUCACAGAAUUGUUUAGCAAUGUUAGAUACCAGCCUUUCUCAGUUGUGGUGCCUUUUACAUCUGUUCAUAAACCCAUUUUAGUGUAUUUAUUCUGAAGGCUAUUAGUACCAUAUGUAAUUUACCAUUUAGAAUACCCUAUGAUAUCCAUGUUAUGCUUUUUUUAUGUUGGCCAACCUAUGAAAUAUCUCAUAAAUCAACUCACAUUAGAUCUGUUGGAAAAGCUUAAUAAAUAUCAGCACUUUUUCCACUGGGUGAUGAUACUUAACUGCCUAAAAAGUUCAUUGUUUUAAAGAGACUUCAAAUUCAUUCUGUAUGAAAAAAAGGUUAAUGGGACCCUAAACCCAAAAUAUUUUACUAUGCAUAGUAAGAAAUACAUUUGUAAUUUUAAUUACUGUUCCCAUACGUAAUUUUACAGGAAAUAAGUUAUGUUCACACAUUUACUGUUGCAGCUCCACCUGCUCUAGUGUUGGGAACAGAUGAGCUGAAAUGCAAAAUGUUUAGUUAUCACUAGAAUGUUUAUUUUUGGAAUAAAAUGUACUGAUACAAUA